UGGAAAUUCUACCAUGCGAGUUUCUCGGGCUUGUCGUUUGCAGUUUCUUGUACUAGUAACUAGUUUUCAAAUUUGUGGUACUUUCUCCCUGUUUGAGUUGCGAAACGUUUGGUUUAAUUAAAUUUCUGUUGUAUUUUAAAAUGUUUGCAGCGUGCCAAGUGAUCUAAAGCUCGUUAGGAGAUUGGGUUGCCUUUCUCAGGUUUGCCAUCGUUGUGGCUGUACGUUUUCAGGCCCAGGCACCACGAUCCCGCCACGAUCGUGAUGAGCGUAGAACGUUUCCAGCUAAAACAAUCAGCGCAAAUAAAAGACGCACCAUCUAAAACAGUCUCGGUUCUCGACGCAAUGCUUGCCGUGUCCUUUGAUACCGUGCGGAGCAAUUUCAUUUCUUCCCCAUCGUCACAAUUUCUCCGUGGACCCUUUGGAAAUGACAUCCGGUGCAAUAGAUGGCCGAACAGAGUAUGUCGGUUACCGCUGUUUGUAUCCGCGCUGUAAUGAACGCCGCGAGGACUACUUUGCGCUGGCCAUGCACGUGGAGUCCACUCAUACCACGCCCGAAGAGAUCAAGCGAAUGGUAUUCCGAGAUCGACAUGGAAAUGUUGCAGGAAUUCCUCCGCAUUCGCAGUUUCGAUAUUUUCCCGAAGUCGGGAUGUCACCCAAGGAGGUACAGGAGAUCAUAGCCAGCGUUCUGGCGGAAGAAUACAAGCCCGAUCCGCUGCUGUCGUCCGCUCAAGGCAUCGGCUGCACCAUGCCAGCGCCGUUGGAACCAUACUCAGCGGCCAUGCACAUGGCGCCGCAUUAUGCGCUGACGAACCCGUCCACUGCGGCCACGGCACAGCCUUAUAUCCCGACCAAUUUGGCAUACACUGCCACCCCCUAUCAGCCGUUGCAUCCGGUCUCAUAUCCGGGACAGAUCGUUGCUCAACCGGCGUCCAUCCGGACAUCCAGUAAGCAGCUGGAUUUGCCUCUGGACAAACUGUAUCAAGCCACGAAACACCUGAAGUCCGGCGACCAGGCGGAAGCGGCACAGGCUGUCUUGAAAAUACUGAUCAACAAAAAGAAGCGACUGCGGGACGAACAGGACGAGGAGGAUGCGCGCCAGUCGUCCGUGCGCACAAUCUGGACACCGAACAAUACUGCCAGUUCUUUAGCGGAAAGCAGUGCUGUUUAUACGAGUACUGCCAGUACGGCUGCGGCACCUGCUUUGCAGCAUCAGAAUUCAUCUCUGGGAAUGCCCACAGCGAAUGCUGUGAAUACCGUUGGAAGCGCUGUCUCAUCGGUGGCCGGAUUUCGGAUGACCACUCCGCUGCAGUACACGUACCGUCCGGCUAAUCCUCCGGGAACAGUGUAUGUCAGUACCGUUCCGGUCAGCGGUGGUCCUCUGCGAUUUGUAAGUGCGGGAGUUGGAAAGGCACCGGUCAAUGUUCCUCUGGUUUAUCAGACACCCACUUCCUCAGUGGCAAGGAUGCUGUCCGUUACUCCGGCGCAGUCACCGGAUUCUGGACGCGGGUCGGAAUCGUCAGCUGAAGACAGUUGUUCUAACCAACUGAGUCCUGCUAAUAUGACGGGUACGACCUUAUCAACCUAUGCUCCAAGUACGGCAUCUUCUCGGAAUGUGGAUGACUACGAACUGGAUGAUAACAGUAACAACAGUUGGACUUACGCGGAAAAUUUCUCGGAAGAACAUAUUAUUACGCAAAGUAAGGAGAACGCUGCGAAGCGCCUGAAAAUGGACAACGGGGUCAAUGUGGAUAAGCCAUUUGUUUGCAUAGUGCCCGGAUGCUCCAAACAGUACAAAAACAUGCAGGGUAUUAAAUACCACGCAAAAUCGUCUGCCCAUAAAGUGAAGAAGGCAUACCGGUGCACGUGCGGGAAGAAGUAUGCAACGGAUGCGGAAUACCAAAUUCACGGAAGACUCUGCGCCAGGACACCGGCUGUUCCCGGUCCGCUGGACAGCGUAGCGUUAUCGUUUAACGACCAUUACACACCUUGCACCACAAUGCCGGGAUCUCCAAUGAGUCCACUGGUCUUCGUUGCACAUUCGCCGGUGAAUAUGAUGGCAUCGCCGCUGUCUCCGGGCGUUAGUACACCGACACUGCAGAAAUUGUUAAGUCGUCCGGUGGAGACACCGCGCCCGGUUUUGGAAGGACUGACUAGUCUGGCCGGACCAUUGCCGCCGGCUUCGGUAUUUGCUACUGGACGGACGGAUAUUAAAAUCCCCGUGACCACACCGUCCGCUAAUGUCCUGCUUAACUCCUUGUUGGAUUCAGGGAUUACUUUGUGAUUGGAACGAUGAGACAUUCGGUGGCAUUUUUUGGGAAAGUUUGUGUGUUGUCGUGGAUUUACUGGACCAUAUCGCAGAUUAUCAAAUAGUUACUCAAUCAUUCGGUGCCUCUUUCCGUGACGUUUUCUCCGCCGGUUUUAUUUUGUUAUUGGGUUUUUUUUCGGAUAACGUGGAGUGGAUUAUAUAUUGUUUUUACUUUGUUACCAUCCAUCAGAACCUUGGGUCUUUCGUGAAGAUUUCCCUCAAAACAGAAGUAUCCCUGCACAAAAGACUACACGAAUCUAGUCCACUCCAGCUCGAUGUUAUUUUGCCAGUAUUCUAUGGGAUAAUUAUGCGCUACAAUGAAAUUGAUCAAGAGUGGAUACGGCACUCUUCAUUAUAUUACGUUGGAUCUCGAUUCCGUCCUCAACAGAUGGAAAAGAUGAAUUAUCGGUAGAGCCCUGAACGCUGUAUAUAAAGAUGCUAACACAUUAUCUUAUCCGGGCUUACGGUGUAGUAUGCGCCCAGUGUUGCCAGUUGAAUUAAUACUCUUACUUCAGGUAAGAUCUCGUUAUUGGAGUGCGUCAAGUAAUGUUGCAUCGUUCUACGCAGCCGUGCCAGUAUAUCUUGGCUUGGACUUUCUUGACUUCCUUCGGAUAGCUGUAACUUUCGUUUUUCUGUUUUUAACAUCUAUAGCAAUCUUAUGCCAUUUUAUUGGGUUUCUUUUUUGCUGGUUUUUGGCCGACACAUUUGUCAUCUUGUCGGUCCGUUUCAUGGGUGCGUUUACAGCUUUACAUAAUUUUGUCGAUCGCCUCUACCGAGUAUAGAACUCUCUGUCGGUCUUUGUGCUGUCCAUCGCAUAUUUGUAUCUGUACAAGUAUUUUCUGAUUGUUGUGGUACUUCUUAGCUAUUCUUGUUGUACAUAGCAGCAGACAUAAAAAUUCUUAUAGA